AUCAAAAAAUAUUUACAUGUUUUGGUAAAGGUCGUUGACAAGAUUCCUGUGGGUGACAAUUGGCCAAUUAUAUUUUGCCAAAAUGUCCAUUUAUUAGCUCAUCUCAUUGAAAGUGACUAUUUUUCUUGGGCUUUUGAGAUGAUUUGCGGUGCUACCGCCUGUUAGUGUAAUUUACAAGUUAGUACGCAAAGUCCAGCACCGGUAGGGAGAGAGAGAGAGAGAGAGAUGGGUCUGCUCACCCAUAGAGUGGAGAGAAAUGAAAUCAAGCCAGGGGAUCACAUCUACACUUACAGAGCUGUUUUCACUUAUUCUCACCAUGGUAUCUUUGUUGGCGGAAACAAGAUGGUCCAUUUUACACCCAGACGGAAUGCAAAUUCAAGCUCUGAUACAUCUUCUGAUAUCUAUGAUGUUCCCUCAUCCUGUGAUAUUCCUGACUGUGGAUUCAGGCAACCCAAUAGUGGGGUAGCCCUCUCCUGCCUGGACUGCUUCCUUGGAAAGGGAUCCCUUUACUGCUUUGAAUAUGGGGUAACCCCUUCUGUCUUUCUAGCAAAAUUACGUGGAGGUACAUGCACCACAGCUGCAUCUGACCCACCAGAAACAGUUAUCCACCGAGCUAUGUAUCUUCUUCAAAAUGGAUUUGGGAAUUAUGAUGUUAUUGGGAACAACUGCGAGGAUUUUGCUUUGUACUGCAAAACAGGUCUUCUGGUAAUGGACAAGCAGGGGGUUGGAAGAAGUGGUCAGGCUUCUUCAGUCAUUGGUGCUCCAUUGGCUGCUCUUCUUUCAUCCCCUUUAAAGUUGCUAAUGCCAAGUCCUGUUGGUGUUGCAACAGUAACAGCCGGGAUGUACUGUAUGAGCAGAUACGCUACUGAUAUAGGUGUUCGGAGUGAUGUGAUUAAAGUUGCUGUGGAAGACCUGGCUGUGAACCUGGGCUGGGAAGAACCUCACGAGGAAGUCUAUGAAGAUAAUGGGGCUUCGCGCAGAUUGAUUGCCAUGUGACACUAAUUUCAUCAGUCUUCAUGUGAGGCUAUGAACACAUGCUAUUGCUAUUAUCAAUUAAUAAGAAUUUGUCCAUGUUAACAAAACUUCUCAAAUGGGAAUUAAUGGUUUCAUUGCAAGUUAGAACAGGUUUGACUACUAAACUGUUAAAUGAUGGUCUGUCCUAUGUUGUUAUUUACUUGUGAAAUCCAGUCUAUAUACUUUUAAUGGUUUUGUCAAA